CAUAAUAUUAAAGGGUGCCUCAAGACUAUCCAUAAUAUUAAAGGGUGCCACAGGACUGUCCAUAAUAUUAAAGGGUGCCUCAAGACUGUCCAUAAUACUAAAGGGUUCCAGGGGACCGUCCAUAAUAUUAAAGGGUUCCUCAAGACUAUCCAUAAUAUUAAAGGGUGCCUCAGGACUGUCCAUAAUAUUAAAGGGUGCCACAGGACUGUCCAUAAUAUUAAAGGGUGCCUCGGGACUGUCCAUAAUAUUAAAGGGUGCCUCAAGACUAUCCAUAAUAUUAAAGGGUGCCACAGGACUGUCCAUAAUAUUAAAGGGUGC